AAAUACAUGGUGACAGUAGUCACUACAAACUGACACCCUGUAACUUGUUGAGAAAGGUGUGAGUAUCAGCUCCACCUCCUCUCUUUUCUGGGAUGGCUCCUUUUCCCCUUUAAGCUCAGGGAGAUGGUACUGUUACUUCUUUAUACAUAUCUAUUUGUAUAACGCUGGCAUCCCAGAAACUGCUGGAGAAGCCAGGACCAUACUGUGCCAUGCAGAAUAGAAAUAUAGAACAGCUUGACUGGGGAUUGGGCCCUAAGAAAAGUGCAAAGAUGUGUAGAGAACAUCGAUCUGCUGUGAAGGGAAUCAGAUGUAGUUUCAGCCUCGUAAUUCACAACAUCUAAGGAAAACUGUGCUUAUCAUAACCCCCAGGUCUUGUCACAGGAAAGGACCAUGAGGUGCUAAAGCCUGCCUGGCUCUGAUCCUUGCUGUUUGCUGUACCAAGUUCUCCCUCUGGGAGGUUUGAUACAGAACUGAGCAAAUGACGUUUCUUCUGCCUGUUUGCAUGUUUUGGCUGCUAUUGCUCUUCCCUGAAUCUGCUUCCAUGAAUCAUGGAUAAGCCUGCUGGCCUUAUCUGUUUGUGACAGUUCAGGGCCGGUUGCAGGUUCUGAAACUCAGGAAAAAGGAAAACAGAAAAUGAAGCCAAAGAGCCGAGCAGAAGUGUCACAGAGAUGUGACAGAGGUGCAGUGCGGACGUGGAAGGGACCUCCCUUCUUCAGAGUCAUUUGUGUAGUGCAAACGAUAGCUUCCUACAAUACACUGCCGCGGGAAGCCAGUCUUUGGAAAAGAAGCUUAAACGAUUCUGCCAAAAACUUUGCAACAAAGUCUUCCAAGUUUCCGAAAUACGAUGGAAAAUAUCCUUCGGGGUCAGCAAGUUGAACUGCAAGCCCUUCCCAGGACUGUAACCAGAAACACAGAAAGAGGGAUCUGUUCCAACAGAGGCUGCUGGGACCAGAAGCAGCAGGGGAGGACACCACUGCAAACAGCCUUCACUCCACGCAGGGCACUGUCCGUGCAUGGGUGGGAGCCGUGCUGCUAUGGCCCCGGAGCAGGUCAAUGCCUGGCUGAUCCUGUGCGUGUUUGCUGGAUCCCAGAGGCUCACAGAUGAACAUCCUUACAGGAGGGAUGGUGCCGGCGCCAACACUCCCCAUCGCAGCCCAGAGGAUGCUGACAUCGUGUUAGAGAUGCUGUGGGGAGGGCUGGAUGUUCAGGCCAACGGGACAGUCCGGCUGCGGGAUGAAGAGCUGGCCUCCCUGCGCCCGGCACGGUGGUUCAUGCACGUUUUAGAGGAGGAAGUUCCCAAAACACCAGCAGAGAUUGAGCAGCACUUGAGCUACUAUUCACUGACUGAUACCCCCUUGCCUCCAGUGGGGUUUGACCGCCUGCUUUUCACCAGUGUUUACUGCGCCUAUCAGGUUCGCUCCACGCAGGGUCUGGAUAAAAAUCUCUGGAUUGGUUUUUUCUCCCAACUGGUGGAUGAAAUCUUUCGUGACCUCUGCAAGGGGCUCUGCCCUGCAAACACCACCCUGCUCCUGGCUUCCUGGCCCUGGAAGGAGAAGCCUUCUCAUUUAGCAUCCCUGAAACAUCUCUACUGCUCUAACCUGGCCAGGACCAAGAGAGACACUUAAUAAAGGAAACUACCAUAGGAAAGGACACACCUGACUUCAGCUGCAUCCUUGGUUAUGUUGGUUUCCACAUUAUUCAGGACUUUGUGCAAAUACACCACACCUUUUUGUCCUCUCUCUGUGAUGCACUGCCAACUCUGUAAGGAUUUCUGCACAAGCUUUUAAGUUAAAUAGGACAAAACCAUAAAGUGCAUUUCACUCUCUCCUUUUUGUUUUUGUUCUGCUUGUGUUUUGGGUUUAAGUGGGCUGUGCUGAAGGGGGCAGUGCUAUUCAGAUGUGUUAUCUGUCAAUCUCUGAUGCUUACUGGAGAGGUGCCCUGGCAGUGUUUUUCCAGGAAGUCACACUGCUGUCCUAGCUGACUUCAUUCAGAUCAGUCAGUUCAGCCUCCUUGUAUUCCUCCUGUGGUCUCAGCCAAAUACAGCAUCUUUUCUCCUUUUUUUAAACCAGCUAAGCAGAUUUUAUUGUGUUUCAUGAUACAGGUCACCUAUUUAAUUUCAGCUUUCUGCUCAUGUGGCGUCACAUUUUAUGUGUCCAUAAUAAUUUCCCAUCACAAGUAUCCACUUUUAUUUAAAAAGAAACCUGAAAAUAUAUGUAUUCCGUGAGGCAUUCUAGCAUUUGCAUAUCAUAUUUACACAUGUACUCUGCUUUGUGCCAGUUAUCAGGAAUAUACUUCCUUAGGGCUCAUUUAAAUUCCUGAGGAUUGUGACCUAGUUAUUUCUGGAGCAGAUUUUACCUCUUCUAUGAAGUUUAUUUUGUACAGCUAUGGCAUUUUACAAGCCAAACAUAAUAAAUAUGUGAUCUCCAUCCUCAAAAUGAGAAAUAUGAUUAUUGUAUAGAAAGAGAUCAUUAACUUUUCUCUGUUUUACACACUGCAAUGUGGAAUUAAAUAAA